AUGGCUGUCGAAAAGCCAAUUGUCGCGUCCGGAGCAGACGUCGGCGAUGGCGUCAGACGCCGUGCCGUGCCACAAGGCCAGUCAGUUCCCCUGACGGCCGCUCCGGAGGUCGAUGACAAGAAGAAGCUUGCCAAGAAGGGUCCCUCCUUCCUCGACCAGUACGAGGUAGUCAUCGCCCCCAUCGUCUUCACAGCCGUUGCCAUCUUCACACGACUCUGGAGAAUCGGUCUCAGCAACAUCGUUACCUGGGACGAGGCCCACUUUGGCAAGUUUGGAAGCCACUACAUCAAGCAUGAAUACUACUUCGACGUUCACCCGCCCUUGGGCAAGAUGCUCGUUGGUCUGUCCGGAGUUCUCGCCGGUUACAACGGAUCUUUCGAGUUCAAGUCUGGCGAAAAGUACCCAGAGGACGUUGACUACACCUUCAUGAGAGCCUUCAACGCUCUCUUUGGCAUUCUCUGCAUUCCCAUGGCCUACUUCACCGCUCGCGAGCUGAACCUGCGCCGCCCUGCCGUCUGGCUCGUUACCUUGAUGGUUCUCUGCGAAAAUUCCUACACCACCAUCAGCCGCUUCAUUCUCCUCGACUCAAUGCUACUCUUCGGAACCGUCGCCACUGUUCUCUGCUGGGCCAAGUUUCACAACCAGCGCCACAACGCCUUUGAGCCCGAAUGGUUCUUCUGGCUGUUCAUGACUGGUCUUAGCAUUGGUUGCGUGUGCAGUGUCAAGCUCGUCGGUCUCUUUGUAACUGCCCUCGUCGGCCUCUACACCAUUGAGGAUCUCUGGAACAAGUUUGGCGACACAAAAAUGCCCGUCACUACGCUGGGUGCCCAUGUCGUCACCCGCGUUGUCGGCCUCAUCAUUGUUCCCUUCCUGGUUUACAUGCUCUCUUUCGCUCUUCAUUUCGCCAUCCUUGACCAAACUGGUCCCGGUGACGCUCAAAUGAGCUCCCUGUUCCAGGCCAACCUCAAGGGCACCGAGGUUGGCAAGAACAGCCCCUUGGAGAUCGCCUACGGCUCGCGCGCCACCAUCAAGAACAUGGGAUAUGGUGGCGGCCUGCUUCAUUCUCACAUCCAGACAUACCCUGAGGGCUCUACCCAACAGCAGGUCACUUGCUACCACCACAAGGAUGCCAACAAUGACUGGUUCUUCUACCCCAACCGCCACGACGAGGACUACAACCCUGAGGCCGAACCCCGCUUCAUUGCUGAUGGUAGUACUAUUCGCCUCAUCCACGCCCAGACCGGACGUAACCUCCAUUCCCACGAGAUUGCUGCUCCCAUUACCAAGGCCGACAAGGAGGUCUCUUGCUACGGCAAUCUCACCAUUGGUGAUGACAAGGACCACUGGCAGGUCGAGGUUGUUCGCGAUGUUGCCUCUCGUGACCGUAGCCGCAUCCGUACUCUUACUACCGCCUUCCGCUUGAAGCACCCAGUCCUCGGCUGCUACCUCCGCGCUGGCAACGUCAACCUACCUCAGUGGGGUUUCAAGCAGAUUGAGGUUACCUGUACCAAGAAGAACAACCCCAAAGACUCGUACACACACUGGAACGUUGAGGCCCACACCAACGAUAAGCUACCCCCUGGCGACCCUGGAUCCUACAAGUCUCCCUUCCUCCAUGACUUUAUUCAUCUUAACGUCGCCAUGAUGACAUCCAACAAUGCUCUUGUUCCCGAUCCCGACAAGCAGGACGACUUGGCAUCUCAUUGGUGGCAGUGGCCUAUCCUGAACGUCGGUCUGCGUAUGUGUGGUUGGGAUGACAACAUUGUCAAGUACUUCCUCCUUGGCAACCCUCUUGUCUACUGGGGCUCCACAGCCGGCCUUGGCAUCUUUGCUCUCGUCGUCGUCUGGUACAUCGUCCGCUGGCAGCGUGGCUAUAACGACUUGAACACGAAGGAGGUUGAUCAGAUCCACUACGCGGGACUGUACCCCGUAGCAGGCUGGUUCCUUCACUACCUUCCCUUCGUCGUCAUGGCUCGUGUCACCUAUGUCCACCACUACUACCCCGCCCUCUAUUUCGCCAUCCUUACCUUCGGCUUCUUGGCCGAUUGGUUCCUCCGCAACAGAAACCACAUCGUUCAAUACACCGUCUACGGUGUUUUGUACGCGGCCAUCAUCGGACUCUACAUCCUCUUCAGCCCCAUCUGCUUCGGCAUGACGGGCCCCAACAAGCAGUACAGCUACCUGAAGUGGUUCGACAGCUGGAGAAUCUCGGACUAA